UAUUUACCUUUAGAAAAAAUUGUGAUCCCGCUAUAAGUUAAUUACAACAUUUUAUUGUAAAAUUAUUUACAAAAUUUUUAAUUAAUUUGAUAAAUAUGACGAGCUCAGUGACUACAAAUCCAUCAACUUUAUUGCCAUUAGAAUUGGUUGAUAAAUGUAUCGGUUCAAGAAUUCAUAUAAUCAUGAAAAAUGAUAAAGAAAUUGUCGGCACUUUACAAGGCUUUGAUGAUUUUGUCAACAUGCUUCUAGAAGAUGUUACAGAAAGUGAAGCAACCCCAGAAGGUCGUAGAGUAACAAAACUUGAUCAAAUUCUCCUCAAUGGAAGCAAUAUUACAAUGUUAGUCCCUGGAGGAGAAAUGCCAGAAACAUAAACAAAAACAUUUCUGUUUACUAUAAAUUUAUUAACUCAAUUGAAAAAUAAUAUUUUCAAGAUUCGGCCUCGCAAUAGCAUUAUCGGACCACAUUUGCUGAUAUAGAUUUUUAUAAUGACCAUGACAUUCAUCAUCAAUAUCAUUAUCGGCAGGCCUUACUCCUUUCCCAGUAAGAUAUAGUAUAGUAUGAGAAUGAUCAUUCAGAAAAGGAAGUUUUCUUGAUAACAUUUGCCAUGCUAUUAUUCCCAAAGAAUAAAUAUCUGAUUCAACCAUCGGAGUACAACCUUUUAUAACUUCUGGCGCUACAUAUCCUGGUGUUCCCUAAUUAAAAAUAAAUAAAUAAAUUGAUUUAUUUUAAGAUUUUUAGUCGUCAAUUAUAUAAUUAUUGUAAUGACUUACGCGAAAACUAAUAGGUUUUAUUGAUUUACCUAUAAUAAUAGAACUUCCAAAGUCUGAAAGUUUAGGAUGACCAUCAGAUGUUAUUAAAAUAUUUUUUGGUUUAACAUCAGCAUGAACAAUACCUGCAUUGUGGCAAAAUUCCAAAGCAGAAGCUAUUGCUUUCCACAUUUCAAUUCUUUCAAUUCUAGUUAAUAUAACAUUAUCUAAUUUAUCUUGUAAUGACAUGUCACAAAGUUCCAUAGUAAUUAAUGACCAAAUAGAACCUUGUUCUAUGCUAAUAAUUUUAAUAAUAUUAGGAUGUUGUAAAAAAGAUGCGAGUUUUUCUGCUUCUACUUGAGCAUCGUGGAUAUUUUUUCGCUUUACUAUUUUAACAGCUACUUGAUUACCUUACAAAAAUAUAUCAAAUUAUUUAUUAAUUAUUAUAAAUAAUAAUUAAUAUUUUAUACCUUUAUAUAACGCUUUAUAAACUAUUCCAAAACCACCGCAACCAAGUAAAACUUUUUUUUCAUUCGGUAAAUUAUCAUUUAUUAUUUUUUUGCGAUUUGGUGUGUCUAUACUAAAAGGUAAAAUUCUAUUUUUUUUAUAUAUUUUUUCAUGAUUAUUUUUACUCAGACUUGGAGAAGUUUUUUCUAAUUUUCUUGGACUUGAAAAAUUUAUAUGAUUAAUUAUAAUAUUUUUAUGUUAUGAAUAUAUAUGUUCAAUUUAAUUAUAUAUUUACCUGGGACUGAAUAAAUUUCUUACAAGAUGUGGUGAUAAAUUACGAUGACUUAAAGUUGAAAUCGCAAGACGUGGUGAUGCCAUUUUGGUUUUAAAACAAUACGCUCUAUUUAUUAUAAUAUAUAAUACUAAAUAUUUUAAAUGAAACAGUCCUUAUCUGCUUACAUUUGACAAUUGAGGAACUCACGCCAUUAUUUAAGAUAUAAAUGUAUAAAUAGUAUUAGGUAGUAGGUAUAUAAUCACAAUCAACAAAUGACAGCAUACAUUUUAUAGGACAUUAAAAUAUUUAUUUUUUCUUCUAUUUUAAGGCAUAGUUCUUCUAGGUAUUACUGUAAUACUGAUUAUUUAUUUAUUUACAAUAAUAUUUUAAAACGUUAAUUUAACAAUUCAAAGUAACAUUUAUCUUAUAGAAUAUUUUAAAUCUAUCAUUAAUAUUAACGAGUUACAAUGUUAUAGGUAUUUAAAAUUUUUUUUUUUUUUCAAACAAUACAAUUCUGUAUCAUUUCAAUUGUAUAGAUGUAAUUUGAUAAAUUUAUUUUCAACAUUCUUUAUAGGCUAAUAUUUUUUUUUUCAUAUUUUAAGUACGUUAAGAAAUUCAAUACGUGUAAAACUUUAGUCUUGCGGCUGUGGUUAAGCAUCAACAUUUAAUUAGUACCCUCUCUUGUCCAUGUUUAUUUACUUAAAGAUUUUAAAAUACACAGAGCUGUAGAGUCAUAAAAUAUGAAUUACAAUUACUGAAUAAUUGUAAGAAUUUUUGAAAAUAAUAGUAAUAAUUCAUAAUUAAAAAAAAAAAUUAAUAGAUGUUAUGAAUAAUUAUAAUAAGCCAUAAGGCUCUACAGUCUUACUCGCAUUGAAUUAAUAAAAGACAAACAUUAAAAUAACACGUGUAAACCGAUACCGAUAAAUCCAUUGCAUUAUAAAAAUAUCUUAUUAAUCAACAAUUUAUAAAAUUUAUUGUUGAUUAAUAAACCACUCGAAC